AUGCUGCGUCGCACUGCAACCGAGUCUAGCACCUCCAGUCCUAGUGGCUCGUUUUCCAGUGUAGACAACCACAACCAGUCGCAUUCCGCGCCACGGACACCCACUAAGCUCGCCAAAACUCGCUCGGACUCGAUCAUAGACCUAACGCUCGGCUCUCCAUCCUCUCGCCAGCUUUCCCAGAAGUCUCAAAGCCUGGAGGACAUAUCCUCCCCUCCCCACCCCGUGCGCCCUUCCCUCGGCGCAACCAACAUGCGCACCUACGCCGGCAAAAGUCGCUCCUUCCUCGUCGCGCUCCCCGCCGCACAGCUAGGCGUCGGCGGGCUCUCCCGCUCGAACUCCGACAACGCGGGGCUCGACGAGAGCGCGCUGAUCGGCAGCCAAGAGGAUGAAUUCGAGCUGGAGGAGUCGUACACGGACAGGCGCAUCCGCUGGGGCGUUGACAACUCGGAGGACGAUCCGCGCCCGUGGUCUCCGCCGCCGGAGGCUGCCAGUCCGGGCAAACGGAAGGGCAAGGGCAAGCUGGUAGAAGCCCCGCCCGUCCCGCUACCGAACGGGAUGAUGAACGACCUGAAGAGUAUCACGGAGCUGCGGAGUAAGGGCGAGAGUCGACGCUUCUUGGACGACGUCGGAUACCUGUUCGAGGGGCUCGAGGCGAGCUCGCCCCUGAGUGUGCGGAGAGCGAGCGCGCUGGAAAUUGUGACCAAGUUAUGCGAACCAGACUUCGCGAGAAAGGCCAAGGCUGCGGACUUUCUAGAGCGAACAUGGCAGGUCCUUCGUGAGGCGGGUGCAGGCAACGGGGACAAGGUUAUGGAUACUAUCCUGGCAUUCUAUGCCGCUUUGGUAUCACGAGACACUCGCGACCUAACAGAUCUCGUAGGGCGAUCAGACUUCCUCUCCGCCUUGUAUAACAUGCUGGAUGGCCUCGAGCGUGCUAACGAUCCUCUAUGGUUGAUCUCUUGUGCUCUUAGCGAUGCUGAGCUGAGAAGAGCAGGUAUCCAAAGAGCAGACAAGGCGCUGCUUGCAGGGCUUGAGAAACUAGUGAAAAAGAAGUCUGGUUUAUUCGACCCCGAUGAGACAAUCUCCAACCGACUUCUCGUAUCAACCGCCCUGGCAGCUCUCCCAUCCUCAUGUCAAGACAUCGUACACAUCUCAUCUCUCCUGCGCAUCUUCCAGCACGAACUCGCCCCACUCCCAUCUCGUAUCUCGGUCUACGGUUCCGGCUUACCCAUCCUCUCUCCGCUAUCUGCGUCAUCUAGCCUGGAUGCUCCCAGUUUCGGACAUGCGGACAACUGCUUGCGGCUGCUAGACUCGUAUCUCCUAGGCAGAUGGACGAGCAGUGGGUCCUCGCAAUCUCAAGGAUCCAGCGCCGACACACGGCUGGAUUCCGACCGCGAGGAGGGUCUAGCAGCCGGGAUUGUGAGCUUGUGCAGCGUGUGCGAUGUCGUGGCGAGGGAUCCAGAACAUGAGGAGCACUCUAUCGCAGCCUCUAAUUGCAUGGAGUCGGCGCUUCGAGUCCUCAUCAGCCUGACGCAUGACGACGUUCAAUGGUGCCAAGCUGUGCUCGAUGGCCAGCUCGCAUUGUGGAUUGUACGCCUCGUCGUGCAGUCACAACGACAUCAAUCACUAGGCAAUCGCCCGUUGAAACGGGAGCAGGAAGCCGAGUCUGAUCUCGAUGACUUGGUCGCAGAUGGCGAGCGUGCGGCUACGUCUCUAGAUCGACAAUGCCUCGCUCUCGGGCUCCUCACUAACCUCGCUCAGGUUUCGUACGCCGCUAAGGAUAUUCUCCGAACCACACGGCUAAGCUUCCAAUGCGCUGGUAAGCGCGCUUGUACAACAGUUUGCCAUUGUACCUCGCGCGUCAGCGCUCUCUCCUGCCUGGCUCUCGUCUACUCGCAGCAUACCAAGUCUGAGACGGAGGAUGGCGUCGAGUCCAUAAUCCGUGGGCACAUGGCCGUCCUCUUUGGCUUACUCAUGCGAGAUUGCCCGGACAACCAGCGUAUUUUGCUGGACACCCUCCCCGGGACCUCGGACAAGCAGAAGCUUGAGAGGCUCACUGAACAUGCACGAGACUUUACGAGCUUCUAUGUCGACUUCACCCGACGGAUAUCGCAAGUCGUUCACAGCCAUUCUCAGUCUCAAUCCUUCGACCUAGACGACGACGAUGGCCCGAUAGAAGACCUCGGCGGCUUCGCCGUUAGCGAGGACGAUCGAGUGGGCAAGAUGUUGAGUGACUCGCAUGGGGAGGCCGUCGCGAAUGACGUUGUGUCAUUCCUAGAGUCAUUGAUACGGAGUAGUUCUUGA